AUGUCUGCAUCGCCAAAGCCAUUGGCUCGACGGCCGCGAUAUCGAGCUGCGCGAGCCUUCUACCUAACUCUGUUUAUCGGCACAUGCCUUGCGACCUACUCGCUCCUGAGCCACACCCACUCUGAGCACUUGCUCCCUCCGACUUCUGCUCUUCAUGCUCGGUCUCUCGGUCCGCCCUUGAGCGCCCUCGACGACGAUGACCGCUGCCGCUUGGUUCACAGAGCCGAGGACCAAUGCGCCUUUGUGCGCCAGAACUGCCCGGACGAUGAGGGGGGCUUCACGGCCUACCUGGACCUGUAUUACUGCAAGUUGCCCCAUUUCAGGGUCGUCGCCUUCAUCAUCCUCUUCUCCUGGCUCGGCUUGCUCUUCUCAACCAUUGGCAUUGCAGCUAGCGACUUCUUCUGCAUCAACCUGAGCACUAUUGCUGGAAUUCUGGGCAUGAGCGAGAGCAUGGCCGGUGUGACAUUUCUAGCCUUCGGGAACGGAAGCCCGGACGUCUUCUCGACAUUCGCCGCCAUGAGCACCCACAGCGGGAGCCUGGCGGUAGGCGAGCUUUUUGGUGCAGCUGGCUUCAUCACUGCCGUUGUGGCAGGAUCCAUGGCUCUGAUCCGGCCCUUUGCAGUCGCGAAAAAGAGCUUUAUUCGCGACGUUGGGUUCUUCACUGUAGCCGCCGCCUUCAGCAUGGUGUUCUUAUGGGACGGCAGGCUGCACUUCUGGGAGUGUGCUGCAAUGGUCGCAUAUUAUCUUUUCUACGUCGCCUUUGUCGUGGUCUGGCAUUGGUGGCUUGGUAGAAGGAGAAGGAGACGGGAGAAGGAAGCUGCAGCGCGUGGACAUUUCAUCGCGCCUGGGGACGAGAACGAACUGGAAGAGGAACCAUAUCACGACGACCCAGAUGAAGCCCCACGGGGGCCGAGUCUCACAAGAGCUGUAUCACAAGAAGACUGGAAUGCGUUGGAGAGGGGAUCCGCGGAGCCGUAUGAGAACGAUCAGCACGAAGACUACGAAGAAGAGGCUCGGGAUAGAUGGAUGAGUGAACUCGCAAGCAAUAUGCGCCUGACGAGACCGACUGCACGGGCUAGGCGGAAUACCGUUACGCCUGUCCGGCCUUCGCUUGUUGGUGCUCUGGAGUUCCAAGCCGUGCUCAAGUCACUGCAGAAGUCUAGGAACAUCCAAACCAUACCGUUGGAUUCGCGGCGCUAUUCUGAUGACCCAACUUAUACCACUUUACAACAGCAACAGGAACACUUGUCCACGACGUCGGAUCCGGCGGGAAUGACCGCAUAUGAAGUGCAUGUCACAGAGGAGGCUGACUCGUCUCACGAACGAUCUCAUGCUGAUAUGUUGACGCCAUAUUCCGCGCCAGCAGGGAGAGUCAGGGCAGUCUCUGCCAACGACGCUGCGGGAUUGGGAGUCGAUUCUUACUUUCAGAGACUGAGCCCGAUACAAUCCGAAGACAAUUUGAUGAAUGUGAGAGAGGAAGAUGGAGAGAACCAAAGGCGUCGGCCUUUGCUCGAUCUCCCUGAUUCACGCUCGCCCUCCCUAAGGAUUGAACCAGCCACCCCGCGACGGGAAGCUCCAAUCAGCGACGUACGCAGUGUGCGUAGUCGUGCUUCGACCGCAAAUUCGGGAGAUCUGUUAGUCCCUCCGAACGCAGUGCCUUUCAAUCGGCCCACCAGCAGCUAUCCUUCCUCCACGAGCCAACCACAUAGUGAGACUGGCUCCCUCAAAGACACGCCUCGAGCCGUGCCUAGUGCACGCGGGCUACCUAAGAUCGUCAUACCUAGGCAUGAAAGAUCUCCCGGAUCCUCACGAAGCACUUCGCCUAUGCCAGCAUAUCGCGAUUACCCUUCGCCGUCGCUCGCGAGCAGUACUAGAUCGCCAGUCAAUUCAGGGCCGCCGAGCCUUUCGCCACCUGGACCCUUGGCAUCUCCGGAGUCACUUCCCCCGAUGCACGCAGCUGAGCAGGAGACGCCUCGCAGACCCACGCGGCUGACGAAGCUCUGGCCGCACAGUAUCUUGCCUCCGCCGGGUGUUAUAAUCGCGACAUUACUCCCCACCAUCUAUCACUGGCAUGAGAAGACUUGGUAUGAGAAGAUACUGGGCAUCGUUGCGGCUCCGAGUGUGUUUCUACUCAGUAUCACCUUGCCUGUGGUCGAGGGCGAGAAGGACAAUCACGAGGACUCCCCCGUGUCCACUCCCGCUAAGAAUCUGAGCAUGGAGACUGGGCGUUCGAAGAGUAGCGGUGCUUUGCCCACCCUUUCCACCACCACUCCGAAGGCACAUGUGUCCGAGCAUUGGCUUGCUUCGGACGAGGCGCACCCGCAUCAUGGGAUCGUCACCGAUGGUGUGACCGGGAAGGGAAAUACCGCGAGUGUCGCUACUCACGCAGAGCAGAAUCGACACAAUUUCGGCAACAGUGCCCCUCGCACUCCAGUGAUCACCCCGGAGCCACAGGGAAUGCAGGACUUCCCGGAUGGAGCCGACGAUAAACUGCCAGAGCUUUGGAAUCGGUGGCUCACCAUCAUCCAACUGUUCUUGGCCCCGAAUUUCAUAGUCUUUUCGAUCUACAUCCAGUCUCCUACGGAUCUUCCCCCCUCUUGGCUGAUUACGCCCAUUCUCAUCUGCCUGCUGGUGUCGGCGGUGCUGCUGAUCCCGUUGCUGUGGACGACGACUCCUACGCAUCGGCCGAGUGGCUACCGAACCAUCCUCAGCAUGGCAGGGUUCGUUGUCUCUAUUGCCUGGAUUUCUGCAGUUGCCUCUCAGGUUGUGGGCGCCUUGAAGGCCUUGGCGGUCAUUCUCAACAUGUCGCACGCCAUCAUGGGACUGACCAUCUUCGCGGUGGGGAACUCGUUGGGAGACCUGGUUGCAGACGUGACGGUGGCCAAGCUCGGCUACCCCGUCAUGGCGCUCUCCGCAUGCUUCGGGGGACCGAUGCUGAACAUACUGCUUGGGGUGGGCCUCUCCGGCUCGUACAUCCUCGUUCGCGGGGCAGAACGGCGGCACGACAAGCACCCCGACAAGGGCAUCCGAUUCAAGACGUAUCACAUCGAAGUCAGCAAGACGCUGAUUGUCAGCGGGCUCACGCUGCUGGUGACGUUGGUUGGCCUGCUCAUCGCAGUGCCUCUGAAUCGGUGGGUACUGGACCGCAAGAUCGGGUGGUCAUUGAUUGCGCUGUGGACGAUGAGUACCAUAUUCAACGUCGUGAUUGAAGUCACGGGGAUCUUGGGAGGUGUUGAAUCUUCUUGA